UCACCGACAACAAAACUCAAAGUAUGUUUUUUAUCUUCCUCUCUGGGAUGCGACUCUUAAAAUAGCCGCGUGACGACACAGGAUUUGCUUUUAAAUGGCAGUAAAAAUACCGUCUUAAUCCGCAUCCUCCUCGUGCGCGCUGGUUCGCUCACGCGCCGAUGCGACGGUGGGUCCGCCUGAAAACACCACACGUCCCUCCCUCCAGUUGACUGGAAAUACGAGUGUUAAGGAAAAGUGCGCUGUUGUCGCGAAGUUUGUCGCGUACGUGUGAAAAAGGAGAUGUCGUCGUCCCCGAAAACACACACAGAGUAGACACAAUGAUUCAAUGUCCCCACAGUGCACGUUUCGCAAUGUGGAUUUCCCGUAGGAGGGGCUUGGAGGAGUCCUGCGAACAUGUCCGAGAAGCGCGCGGCCGCCAUGAGCGUAAGGGGAACGAAGGAACCGCUCGCCUUCGUCGCGUGUGUCCGCGCGCGCCGUGCGGCCGUGGCGCAAACUCCGCACAAGUGCCCACAGCGUGCGGUUCGAGCGGCCGCGUCGACGUGUUGAACAGAGACGCGUGUAUUGAGGCGGAGCGCGAUUAUUAAUCAUUACUCCGUUUACACUGCGACGGUGUACUCGCUGCGUGUCACCCGGGUUUUCCACGCUACCUACUCUUCUGUGUGCGUGUGCGUGCGCGCUGCGAUCACCUUCACACACCAGGCCAGCAUGUGACUGGGAAUGGACUCGAGGUGUGCGAGGCCCGGUGCUGCGCCGAGGGACCCGUCUCAGCACUCUUUUGGCCACCCCGAUGACUCUGAUGACUGUGAUGACUGAGGUGUGAAGAGCUGAGCCUCAGUGCUCCUCGUCUCGUGCUGCGCGUUCACACUGACUGAGACGUGCGGGAACGUGUCAUCCUGGGACCAUGACGUCCUGUCCCUCAGCACUGAUUUCUCUGUCCCUGGCUGUGCUGUUUCUGGGUGGAGCCUCCGAAAUUCUGUCAAGCCAUCCUUUAUCUGCAUGUCAGGACGUGGGCACCUCCAGCGGUGAGAUGAUCCAGGUGUAUGGGGGUGAGGCCUCGGUACUGCGCUGCCCUCUUUACCACACAGAAUAUGCCCAGGGUUCUCGCUUCAAGCUGGACUGGUACUGGACCCAGUCUCCUGAGACUGCGGAGCAGCCUGUUCCAGUUGAUCACAUGGAUUCCAGGAUCAGCAGAGAGGGCAAUCGGCUGUGGUUCCACCCCGUCAGCUCAGGGGACGCGGGUCAUUACAUUUGCGUGUUGAGCAACAGAACGUGUUGUGUCAAGGUAACCGUGAGGCUCAAGGUCCUUCAGCGGCCAGAGGGAAUGUGUGUGCCUCAGCCCCCGGGGCCUUCUGUCCGUGUGGACAUUCCUGUGGAGGAGGGGAAGACGCUGAGCUGUCCUGAUCUCCAGGAUUUCACGCAUCCCAACAGGAGUCUGUCUGUCCAGUGGUUCCAUAAUUGCAAGCAAUAUGAAUGGGGCAUCGACCGUGAGAAGAAGGGGCAAAACGUGGUCAUUCAUCUGAUGCGCGAGAUUUAUGCUGGCAACUACACCUGCGUGGUGACGUACACGUUCAGAGGAGAGGAGAUGAAGUUCACCAGGGUGGUUGCUGUGAGGCCUGUGUCUUCCUCUCGCAUCCCGAAAGAUCCGGUCAUUCACAUCCCAGAUGAUCAGCACUUGUUCACAGUUAAAAAAGGUUCAGAGGCUAAAUUGAAGUGCCAAGUUUUCCUUCCUCAUCUGGAUGGUGAGCAGCCAAAGCCAGAGGUGUGGUGGGAAGUCAGUGGACAGACACUGGGCCAGCUUGGUGACCCUCGGUUCUCCAGUACUUCAGAAGUUUCAGAGGACCGUCUUGGAGACCGCACUGUGGAGAACGUGCUACAGAUCCAAACCUUCAGCUCCCAAGAUCUAAACAAGGAGUACAGCUGCUUCGCUCAGAACAGCAGGAACCGAGUGAGCCGAGUAGCACUCCUCCGGGCAGAAGAAUACCUGCCUCAUGUAGAACUGGGCCUUGGUCUGGCUGUGCCUACGGUCAUCGUGCUGGUUCUCUUUGUGGUGUACCACGUAUUCCAGCUGGAGCUGCUUCUGCUUUACCGCAGCCGAUGUGUCUGCCACAGGGUUGAUCCAGAUGGGAAGGAGUUUGAUGUCUACAUCUCCUACGCCAGGAACAGUGCGGAAGAGCAGUUUGUCCACAUGACGCUCCGGCGGGUGCUGGAGAAUGAGCUGGGCUACAAAGUGUGCAUUUUCGAUAGGGACAGCCUGCCUGGAGGGACUAUCACAGACGAGACUCUGAGCUUCGUGGGCCGUAGCCGGUGCCUUAUUGUGGUGCUGAGUCCAGCCUACGCUCUGCAGGGCACCCAAGCCUUGCUGGAACUCAAAGCUGGUCUGGACAGUAUGGCUCUGGGCGGAGACCUGCGGGUCAUUUUGGUCCAAUACCAACCGGUGAGCAGGUCCAACUGGGUCCAGGAACUGCGGCGGGCCCGCGUGGCGUUGGCACUGAUCCGCUGGAAGGGGGAGAAAUCUGCACACCUCUCGUCUCACUUCUGGAAGCAGCUCCAGGUGGAGCUCCCCAUCAAAUGGAAGAGAGAUGCUCCCAGCAUCAAUGCGGCGCACAAGCAAUACAUACUGACUCCCAGUGAAGUGAAAAGUGUCGACUCGGAGCACGACGCACACACAAAAAGUGACGGUGUUGUUCCAACACAAAUCACAGACACUUAAGAGUUGAACUUCAAGGCACAAAGACUCCCAAAUAAGGCUGUGAUACCGACAGGGCAGCCUGGCACCGAUUCGCUCGUGAUGCCCGGUGCGCAUGAACCACAUACACUCUUGGUGGCAAUAGCACCGCUGUAGUGCCGCUGUGUGCUGGCAUCGAGCAACAUGCAAGUGUUACUGAAAGUACCGCGUUCUUUUACUUUACCAAGCCCAGUAAAGGAGAGUGGUGUUUCGAAUUAAAAAAUACACUGGUAGAAGAAAGCUGCAACUCCAUUACAUGUUUGUCCUGCAAAAAAAGGAAACAUUUUCUCUACUAAAGUACAUUUUAAACAUGUUUUUGAACAGAGACCCUUCUUCAGGAAAGGCACAGGACAAACUGGAUCACAUUUCUAAACUACAUUUCAUCUGCUGGUGCUUUUGCAAUGCAUCUACCCCCAUCGGCAUUUGCAGAUACCUUCUUUUUACAGUGUCACAACUGUCUGAAGGGUAAAGGAAAUGGUGACAUUAUAAGCUCUGGUUUCCUAAACUCUUAGUAAGAACCAGAAUUGUGGUCUACCGAGCUGUUGUGUGUUUUGAACUGAAGCCGCUGUGUGAAAUGUAUUUUUGUGUGACACAGUUGAGAGACCCACGAUAUGCAGCGCUUGUUCUGCUGUGUUGAGCAUUCUGCACUGUGUGCUGCCAACUUCACACCGCUGAUCUCCAAAUCUCUCGUGAGGAUCCCAAGAGAGCGAAAUAUUCUGUAUUUAUUUUGGAUUUCUCCCCUUCUGGCUCCUAGCCCACACUCUAGGUGACGACUGUGCCGGCAUCAGCCAACCACUGUUGGUAUACAACUUCACAGAGCGCAGGGUUGUGUGUGAAGGGCCAUACACACUGCGUACAUUUAAUAAUGCUCCUGUAAAUGUUCCUCCUCUUGUCUUCAUAGGUCUGUUGUUUAAGCAGAUUUUAUUAAAUCAGAAUUCAACCAGAUUAAUUAGGGGUCAGUGUAUCGCUUUCUUCUUUCU